AUGGAAUUAUCACGUGAUCGGAGGACAAUUGAAAAGUUGAGAAAGAUUAAUGAAUUACUGGGUGGAUUUAUUGGAAGUGAUAAUGGAGCUACAGAAUACAGCACGACGGAGUUUCCACAAAAGUCUUCUGCUUCACAUACCCAUGGUCGAAGGUGA